AUGCGAAACUGGCUGGACCUUCCAUGGGACGUCACCGUUUCGAUACUCUCCCGACUCAGAGCGGUCGAGAUUCUGGAGAGCGCGCAGAAGGUGUGCAUGCCUUGGCGCAACAUCUGCAAGGACCCUCUCAUGUGGCUCACCAUCGACAUGGGCAUGGGCAACGAUGGUGAUUACGUUGAAGACAUUUGCGGUGGUAUCAAGCGUCUCCGGCUAGUGUCUUGCGAUUUGAUAUUUGAUAAGGGGUUGAGUGAAGUGGCUUCAAAGCUUACUCUGUUAGAGGAGCUUGAGAUCUCUUUAUGCCAUCUCUCAGAUACAUCUAUAAAAGUGGUUGGUCGCUCUUGCCCUCUUUUGAAGUCAUUCAAAUUGAACGGCCGCUGGUCCAAAUACAAAGGCGUAGAUUGUCUACCCUAUGAGCAUGAUGAAGAAGCACUUGCUAGAGCCGGAACGAUGAGCGGUUUACACCACCUUCAACUUUUCGGGAAUCGGCUCACUAAUUAUGGCUUUAGGAAGAUUCUUACGUACGUCUUGUCCUCAUCUUGA